AUGGUCAUUCUCCCUACUCAAACCGAACUGAAAUUGAUCAAACCGCACGAGAUUGUUACUUUGAAUCUCGAGCCAACACACAUUUCUACUUACACGCUGAAACGAAUUGUUGUACCUUCCAAUACAAGUAGUCGUACAACAGUUUCAAAUGGUUCUUCGUUCACCCAGACGACUGCGUAUUCGAUCUUAUCUGUUCCACGCUAUCCGCAGCCUUCCCUCCCUCUCUCUGAGUGUACAUCUGUGGAAUCCAUGGAAUUGUUCCUGCAGCAAGCACCGCACGCGGAAAUGAUUGAAGGCACUUAUCAUUACACGAUUCCGUCGCAUCUGCGCCAAGAGUGGGAAUCCUUAUUUGACUCCAGGGCUGCAAUGGUAAAGAAAAGCAUGCAAUUUGUUUGGGAAAACUAUCGACGUCAUGCGUGGGGCUUUGACGAACUGCGUCCAGUCUCUGGAACUGGACGGAAUAACUGGGGAGGCGUCGGAAUGACGUUGGUGGACAGUUUGGAUACGCUGUGGGUUAUGGAUAUGAAGGAAGAAUUCGAUGAAGCUGUGCAGUGGGUUGACCAGAAUCUACACUUUAAUCAGGACUUCAAUAUCUCGGUUUUUGAAUUCACAAUUCGCGUUGUGGGAGGACUUCUCUCUGGCUAUUAUUUGAGCCAGGAUGAGCGACUGAAACAAAAGGCGAUUGAAGCUGGAGAUGUGGUUCUUGCCUCAUUUAAUAAGGGCGUGUUUCCCCAUACCCAAAUCAAUCUGGCAACUCGAAUUCCUUUUACCAAGGAAGACAAAACGACUCUUGCCGAGUUUGGAACGUUGACCCUGGAAUUGAGGUAUGUAUUCUAUUCAAAAUCGAUGAAGCAAAGAGAAUUGAGUGCUGUAACGGGCAAUCCCAAGUAUGCGCAUCUGAUCAAUCAAAUCUAUGAGGCUUUGGAUAAAAACACACGAAACCAUGGAUUCUCGUUUUGUCUUUCCUUUAUUAUUUACUUUUCGCGUGUGAGUGGUGCUGCACUAAACACGCAUUACACUAUUUCUGGGUGCUCGGACAGCUAUUACGAAUAUCUGCUAAAAGGUUGGAUCCAGUCGGGAAAGAAGGAUCAACAGCUUCGAUUCCACUACAAUGAGGCGAUCGAGGGAGUAAAUCAGCUAUUGCUUAUGCGGAACAAACGAAGUGGAUGGCAAUUCUUGGGAGAGCUGCUGAAGAAGCGAGCUAUUCACUCGAUGCAAACCCUAACUUGCUUUGCGCCAGGAAUGAUGUUUUUGGACCUUUAUCAUUCCAACAGUCAAUCGGCUUACCGGAAGCAGAUGAAUCAACGAAACGAGCGUGUUGCGCGGUCCGUCCUGUAUACCUGCUUCAUGAUGUGCAACAGUACUACGUCUGGCCUUCCUCCGGAGUCUUGCUCCUUUAGCGAAUUGAAAGGAAUGACGAUCAGCCAGCGAUUGAAACACUACGCUCUUCGUCCUGAAAUUAUCGAGUCGUUUUUCUUGCUGAAGGAGGUUACUGGGGAUCCGAUCGCUCAGGAGUGGGGCUGGUUGUUUUACCAGGCCAUUGAAACACAUUGCAAAGCACAGUUUGGAUAUGGGAUGUAUUCUGAUGUACAUGGUGAUGGAAUGGUCCAGGACUUUGCGGAAAGCUUUUUUACAGCGGAAACGCUGAAAUACUUGUAUUUGCUGUUUUCGUCCAAGAAGAUUGUGGAUUUCGAUAAGGAGGUGUUUACUACGGAGGCUCAUAUAUUACCUAUUCGGGGAUAA